AUGUAUGGUCAUCAAAACGGAGAGACCGUGGUCAAUGAGAUCCGGCAGAAGUUUCACAUCUCUAAUCUGGGCACGGAAGUUCAGAAAAUAGCACGGCGAUGCCUAUGGUGCCGCGUGUACAAGGCCCAACCAAAAGUUCCUCGGAUGGCUCCGCUUCCGGAAGAACGUGUGACAUCUUUCGUUCGUCCGUUUUCCCUGGUCGGCAUCGAUUAUUUCGGACCAUGUUUGAUCAAGAUUGGUCGAAGUCAGGUGAAACGAUGGGUCGUGCUCUAUACAUGCCUCACCAUUAGAGCGGUACAUCUCGAAGUCGCAGCAUCUCUGUCGGCGGAAUCGUGCAAGCUCGCUCUACGGCGGUUCAUCGCACGACGAGGAGCCCCACUUCGUAUUUUCACUGACAACGGGACAAACUUCGUUGGAGUAGAACGAGAGAUGGCGAAACAGAUGAGGGAUAUCAACCAGAAAUUGUCAGAAAGUUUCACGAACGCUAACACCCAGUGGAGUUUCAUCCCGCCUGCCUCCCCGCACAUGGGCGGUGCUUGGGAGAGGAUGGUUAGGGCGGUUAAAGCAGCAAUGAACUCCAUCAACCAUCCAAGGACACCAUCAGAGGAAGUGUUCCAAACCGUUCUGUGUGAGGCAGAGUCUAUGGUCAACACGAGGCCGUUGACAUAUAUGCCACUAGAGACGUCGGAUCAGGAAGCACUUACGCCGAAUCACUUCCUUCUACUUAGUUCGGAUGGAGCGAAGCAAACAGAGAAGACACCAACGGACGAAGGAGAAGCACUUCGGAGCGGAUGGAAGCUGUGCCAAUACAUGCUCGAUCAAUUUUGGCGCAGAUGGAUCCGAGAGUAUCUACCGACGAUUACUCGAAGAACGAAGUGGUUUGAAGAUACGAAACCCAUUGCAGUAGGAGAUGUCGUAUUCUCGGUGGACGAAGGCGUGAGGAACCGUUGGAUACGGGGGAUCGUGAUAACGGUGUUUCCCGGAAAGGAUGGACGGGUCAGGCAAGCGAACAUCAGGACGGUGUCAGGAGUACUUCGGAGACCUGUGACGAAGCUUGCAGUCUUGGAUAUCAUGGAUCGGAGUAAAGCUGGAGGAUCGGAGCAGCUUUACGGGUCGGGAAAUGUUGGCGAAAGCGUAACGAGCGUCACUACACCCGUUACUAAUUUCCAUAGGGAAUUGAGGCUUCCCGAAUCCAGUAGAUGA